AUGGCGGCACUGCGACUGCACAUCGACGGCGAAACCUUCCGGGAUCCUGAGAAUCGUCAAAUCAUCCUGCACGGCAUCAACAUCGCGGGCGACUCCAAAUUCCCGCACUCGCCUGACGUCCCAUCGCAUGUCUUGGAGCACUUCUACGAUGGCGACGACGUUUCAUUCGUCAAUCGACCCUUUGCAGAAUCCGAGGCUGACGCCCACUUUUCUCGUUUGCGCUCAUGGGGAUUCAACACCAUUCGCUACAUCUUCACCUGGGAGGCGCUUGAGCACGCCGGGCCUGGCAAAUACGAUGAAAAGUUCAUAGACCACACUAUCGCCAUCCUGAGGAAAGCAAAAGAGUAUGGAUUCUACAUCUUCAUGGACCCGCACCAGGACGUCUGGUCACGCUUCACUGCUGGCUCGGGCGCUCCAUUAUGGACGUUAUACGCAUGUGGCCUGGACCCAACCCAUUUCAGUGCUACCGAGGCCGCUCUCGUCCAGAAUACAUGGCCCGAUCCAGCGAGCUUUCCCAAGAUGAUCUGGGCGACAAACUACACCCGCCUGGCUGUCCAGACUAUUUCCACUCUCUUCUUCGCUGGUCGGGACUUUGCGCCCAAAUGCAUCAUAGAUGGCAAGAACAUUCAGGACUAUCUACAAGGACAUUUCGUUGACGCUUGCAAGUAUUUGGCGCAGCGCAUUCAUGAUGCUGGUGGACUACAUGGAGACGUCGUAAUCGGUUACGAGACGAUGAACGAACCAAACAAGGGCUACGUCGGACAUCCUGACCUUAGCAAAGUGCCUGCCGACCAGAAACUGCGCAAAGGGACCUCGCCGACCGCCUUGCAAUCCUUCUUGACCGGCUCCGGACGAGCAGUCGAGGUUGAGGUUUGGAAUUUCGGCAGCCUUGGUCCCUACAAAAGCGGCUCACAGCUUAUCGAUCCGAAAGGAGUAUCUGCCUGGCUAGACUCGGAUUGGGCGGACAAGAAGUAUGGUUGGGAGCGUGGUUCGGAUUGGAAGUUGGGCACCUGCAUCUGGGCACAACACGGCGUUUGGGAUCCUGAGACUGGAGACCUACUACAACCACAAUAUUUCACCAAACUACCACAGUCUGCAAACGAUGAAAGCGCAGCUGAGAUUGAUCAGGAAUACUGGACAAACCAUUACUUCAUGCAUUUCUAUCGGUUAUACAGAGACGCCAUUCGAGAAGUAUGGCAAGACAGCUCUCUCCUCAUCCAACCUUCGCCUUUCGAAAUUCCUCCCAACAUUCGCGGCACACCGGAUGGCGACGACAAAAACAUGAUUUUCGCAUCGCAUUUCUACGACGGCAUCACUUUGAUCAUGAAGAAAUGGAACAAAGUCUGGAACGUUGAUGUUCUUGGAGUGCUACGAGGACGAUACUCGAAUCCUGCAUUCGCCAUCAAACUCGGAGAGACGGCAAUCCGCAACUGCUUCCGCGACCAGCUACGAGAGAUCAGACGGGAAGGCGACGAAAACAUGGGCAUUCACCCUGCGUUAUACACUGAGAUCGGUAUCCCAUACGACAUGGAUGACCAGUAUGCCUACAAGACUGGUGACUACUCAAGUCAGUCCGCAGCCAUUGAUGCCAAUUUCUUUGCUGUCGAAGGUAGCGGUGUAUCCGGCUCGACCUGGUGGGUCUACACGGCCACAAACUCUCAUUACUGGGGAGACAAUUGGAACGGCGAGGAUCUAUCAAUUUACUCCGCAGAGGAUCUCCCCUUGCCGGAGCCCUCUACCAGCGGGAGUCAUCUCAGUGCGGAUCCUCACAGCCCAUCAUACUCAGCCAGUCAGUCCAGCCUCCCCAUUACUCCCUCGAGCAUACAAAAGACCAUGACCGUUGACGCCAUGACUUCAGAUCGCAUCAGCAGCAGCAGCAACGCCAACACGGGCGACCAACCCAACAACACCAUCACCAGCACCAACGACGCCGAACCCAAAAAGGGCUACCGCGCCGCCGAAGCCUAUGUCCGACCCGUCCCCAUCUCCGUCCACGGCACAAUAAACACCUACGGAUUUGACUUGCGCAAUUGCACCUUCAACCUCACCUUAAUCGCCAGCACCCCCACCAACAAGGACUUCCCCACAGAGAUCUUCCUUCCGGCCUACCACUUCCCCCAAGCCCAGGGCAAGACGAUUGUGGAGGUCAGUGGCGGCAAAUGGGAGAUCUCCAUCGUCCCGGUCGGCGAUAAUGCCACGCGCCAGGUUUUGCGAUGGUGGCAUGCCGAGGGCGAGCAGAAACUUGUGGUCCAUGGUGUGAAGCGGAGGAGAGGACAGGUUGGCGAUCAGCAGAUCGAGGGUGAGGCCGGAGACAGUGCUGGCUACGUGGAGACGUUGUUUAGGAUGUUUGGAGGCCGCGGCUAG